UUCUAUGGCAAAUGAAGGACCAUAUGCAUAAAAUCCAUCAGGCCAGAAUAAAACUCACUUCCACUGCCAUUCCCAAAAAAGGCACAAUUCACCAACCCCUGAACCACUUCAACAAGAAAAACAACAAAACCUUCCCACAGAAAUUCUUUGUGAAUGACGUUUACUGGCAGAGUUCAGAUGGACCAGUCUUUCUCUACAUAGGAGGAGAGGGACCCCUCUCAAAAUUCAGUUUGUUGUUCGGCCACCAUGUGGACAUGGCAGAGAGACAUGGAGCGCUGCUGGUGUCGCUGGAGCACCGCUUCUACGGGAAGAGCAUCAACCCCGAUGGGCUAGAGACAGAGAAACUGAGAGAUCUCUCCAGCCAGCAAGCUUUGGCCGACUUGGCUGCGUUCCAUCAUUACAUCAGCCGGCGUUUCGGCCUCUCCCAGAGGAACACCUGGAUCAGCUUUGGAGGUUCCUACGCUGGAGCUCUCUCUGCUUGGCUAAGAGGAAAGUUUCCUCAUCUCAUCUAUGGAGCGGUGGCAUCCUCCGCCCCUGUUCAAGCUCAACUGGAUUUUAGUUCUUAUAAUAGGGUGGUUGCUUAUAGUCUUAUGAAUGAGGCAGUGGGUGGCUCUAAAAAGUGUCUAGCAGAAGUGAAGGGGGUGUUUGCAGCAGUUGAAGCAGCUCUGCUUAUGGGGAAUGAGACAGAGGUGGGAAAAGACUUCGGCUGUUGUGAGACCCCUUUGAAACCAGAGGACAAGAUGGAGCUGUUGCAGAGUUUGGCUGAUAUCUUCAUGGGAACCGUCCAAUACAAUGAGGAGGGGGUUGCAUUCAGCAUCGCAGAGUUGUGUGACAUCAUGACCAAUAAGAGUGAGGCCUUUGGGCAGAAGGAGGAGGCGUAUGAUCGUCUGGUCAAACUAGCGGCGAUGUACCGUGCCAGAGAGAAUGUCCCGUGUCUGGAUGUCUCUCGUGAGAAGCUUGUGCUUGAACUCAGUAACACUAAAGCUACAUCCAGUUACAGACAGUGGCUCUACCAGACCUGCACUGAGUUCGGCUUCUAUCAGACAUGUGAGGACACUUUCUGCCCCUUCUCACGUAUGGUAACUAUUCAGUCUCAGACGGAGCUCUGCUCUCAACUCUUCGACAUCCCUCAGGACAGUCUGCCUUUCCGCAUUGACUUCACCAACCAGUACUAUGGAGGGAACCGGCCCCAAACACAAAGAGUGCUCUAUGUCAAUGGCAACAUUGACCCAUGGAUGGAGUUAAGCGUGGUCUGGAACGACACUACAGUGGACGAUGACCGAGUCAUUCUUAUCGACGGCACCGCCCACUGUAUGGACAUGAACUCAGAUAAAUCAAUGGAUAAACCUGCACUGCACCAAGCCAGGAAGGAGAUUGAAAGACGUGUGGCCAUGUGGCUCAAAAGCGCAGCAUGGCACCAUAUGGUUUGAUCAGCAUGACUUUUUCAUAAUCACAUGAUGACCAAAGUGUGCCAACUGGGUUUCUUUUUAUCUUUUAAUUGAAAAAGAGAGAUCUGAGUCCUUGAAAUCUUGAAAUCUGUUCUACAUUAGACUUCUUAACAUUCAUUAGGAGUCGAGAGACUGGUGGAGUUUAACAAAUGUUUAAAUUAUUUUCAUGUAUGUAAUAAUACUAAAAAUGUACACUACACUCUAAAAAUAUGCUCUAAGAAUAGUUAUUACAUGAUUAAUACUACUAAAGCUGAAUUCAGAAUUCCAUACAGGCAUACUAAUAUUACAAUCCCACUUUAUAUCAGUGGUCUUUUACUACUAUGCACUUACAUUAUAUAACUAAGUAUUUGAUUUGUACUUAUCGUUACAAACAUGUUGUUCUUCAAAAUUCUUUCCAGAUUCACACUUGCUUACACUGGGAUACCAUAAUCAAAAAUAUAAAACAUCACCCAUAUAAUUAUAGAAUAAACUCUGAAUGAGAUCAGUGAAUCAGGCCAUUAGAUGAUGGUUGUGACCAUUAAUAAAGAGCCAAAGUCAUCUGAUCACAUAUUCUUUCAGCUUUUUUUGCCAUAACAAAUGUAUUUUAAAGACAGUUACAGCAGCCAAAGAAAAGUAAUGUUCAAAAGUCAAGGAUCAAGAGCCCAACUAAAGCAAACACUGAUCACCAUAAUGAUGACAUAAAACGAAACAAUAAAUCAUCAGCAUCUACA